CUUCGUCUCAAAGCCAGAAAUGAAGGGAAUCUCAUGGAAGAAUGUUUCGACCGGAGCCGCGAAGCGUUCGCUUGUCACAAUGGAGCACUUGCUAGACAGCUUUCCCUGGAUGGUGAGGCGCACAAAGCCAACAUGGAGCGCUUAGAUGAGGCAGCCAGCACGAAGAUAUUUCAAGGUAUGAGACUGAUGAACGGAGUGCCCGACACAGUUGAACUCCACGGACUCUUUGUCUCAGAAGCCAAGUCGUACUUCAGCAACGCUGUUCGAAGGGCUCGGGACAGUGGAGAAUCGCCACUUUAUGUGAUCGUAGGAAGGGGAAAUCACUCCGAAAAUAACAUCCCUAGGAUCAAACCUGAAAUCCAAGAAUAUGGGAGAAGUUUGGGCCUGGGUGUUGAAGUGGAUCCUCACAAUGAUGGCCGCCUUAUUGUGAGUCUUAAUUCCAGCUAA